AUGAAGAGCUUUACCAUCAGCUUCGCCUUCCUCUGUUUUAUCACCUCAAGCCACGCGGCUCCUCACUCAGCUCACGCCAAACCUCGACAGUUCGAAGCUGGCAUCACCUUCAUCGGAGCAGGACCGGAUCCACCUUCCUAUUUCCAAGCUUUUCCCACGGAUGAUACCCUCCAUACUAUCAACAACUCUCUCAGUGUCUCUCAAAUCAGUUCUGCGGGUGGUGCUAUUUGCUCCUUUUUUGGUGUCGAUGGCAGCGAUACUUUCAUCCACGGUGGAGAGACCGUAGAUGUCGGGCCGCCUCAGGUGCAGGUAUCGGGAGUCUGCGAUGAGGAGUGA